CUGCAUUUGAUGGGGCUAUGGAGUAUGAUGGGGAGGAUGGACGUAGUCUUCUUGGAGAUGACUUUGAUGUCUUGUCUGACGGUAUGUUACUCCUCCUUUGCUUUGUGUUUGUGCCUGUCUUUUUUCUUUUUCGCCAUAUCUUGCUGUGCUUUUUUUGUUUGGCUUUUUUCUUUUAUAUCAAACCGUUAUUGGAUGUGAUAUCAAUUGCAUCAAUAGUUUUGUCUGACGAAGGAGUGAGUGGAUUCCACCACAGUCGAGGGUGUUUUCGUACCAUUGGUGCAUCCCGCUCAUUUGUUUUAGUGGCCGCACGUACAUAUCGCGGCGUACGACCGUACUUGGAUGGACGUCCUCAGCUGCUAAUGCACCCAAUACACUUCCAUUUCCUUGUAUUUUUAGUGGCGAUAGAAGUACAAGACAGCAAGAAGGAGAAACGUGCACGGGAAUUUCAGGAACGAC